GACCACGGUUGUAGAUAUAUCUACGAAUGUCUACGCCGUAUUAUCUACAUCGUGAUAUUAAUAUGUAUUAUCUAUGCGUCAGUCACGGCCACUCGGGAGAUAUCUCAUUAUCUUUAGUUUUUAUUAUUUACAAUAACUCUCGUAGUCUCAUCUUACACUGUUCACAACUAAUACCGAUGAACGACUGUUGUGUAGACGUAUAGUUUAGCCUAAGCCAGUAAACUGAAUAAGCUCAAGAUUCGGGGAAAUAACUCAAACUAUCAUGGAUUACUCUUGCACAAGGGUGCAAUAAACUUUGAAAAAACCCGGAUUUAUUUCGAUUUCGUUUAAAAUGAACGAUACUCAACAAAGAGAUGACGACAAGUCCGACAAAAGCUAUGAUCAGAACUUAGAAAAACUGAAUGACUUGAAUUUGCGAGAAGAAAAUGAGGUUUCAGAACGGGACAAAUGUACGCCCACGCUUGAUUAUCUUCAGUCCGUUAUUAAAGAGCUGUAUACGUUUAAUAAAAAUUCAUUAGAAAAUAAUACCGAAAAGGUAUCUUACAACAAUGAAGUACUCAAUGAAAAGAUUAAUGAAGUAUUAACAUUGCUGAAAACAAAUGAAGAGGCUGCAGUUGCUGAAAACAAAGCACAGUAUUUUUAUUUAUUGGGCAGAACUUUGAGUGUUACUCAACCAGUGACUGAAGAAUGUAUUAAUGUAUAUUCCAAAGCUGUCAAACUCAAUCCAACACAUUUAGAUGCCUGGAAUUCGCUUGGUGAAUGUUUAGUACAUUUGAAAAGGUUUUCUGAAGCCAAAUAUUGUUUCCUUGCCUCACUGAAACACGGUAAAUGUAAAGUCAUUUUGAGGAAUCUAUCUAUUAUAAUGCGAGAGGCUCAGUUGUUGACUAAUGAAAAUGUUAAGGAAAACCUCAAUGCUGGUAUUGAGUAUGCAAAAGAAGCUGUUGAAUUGGACACUACUGAUGGUGAAUCAUGGGCAAUACUUGGAAAUGCUUAUUUAUCCUUAUUUUUUAGAAGACAAGAAGAUAAGCUCCUUAGACAAUCAAUCAACUCUUUUGAGAAAGCAGUCAAAGACCCUGUAGCUGCCAAAAAUGCUGAUCUCCAUUUUAAUAGAGGCGUUGCUUUAAAGUAUGGGGAAAUUUAUACGGAUGCUUUAUUGAGCUUUGAACAAGCCUCAAUAUUGGAUCCAAUGUGGACUACAGCUAAAGAAACUUUGGAAGAUCUUAUUAAAUAUUUGACCUCAACACAAACAUUAUAUCAACGCAAGGGUCAGGUCAAAAGUAAGAGACUGCAACAAAUGACAGAGUCAUUAAAUCCAAGUUGCUUGGGAUUGUACAACAAUAAAAUAAAAACAUUAAAAGGUCAUGUAAUGUUGGAACACAUUCCACUAUCAAAACUUAAAGCCGGUUUUAAUGCUAACAAUGUAAUAUGUGGCCGAGUAGUAUGUGUUGUAUACAAUCAGGAGCCUGUCCCUUAUACAUUCUGCCUGGUGGAUAAAGAAUUAUCAUGUGUUGUUGUAUCGGUAUACAACCUGGCUCAGGGUAGAGGACCGAUCAUAGGAGACUCUGUGGCCAUUCCCGAACCUUAUUUGACUCAUAUUGAUGCGAAAUAUAUAAAUCAGACAUUCCAGUACCCUAGCAUAAGAGUAAACCUUCCUUUAACCAUGGUGGUAAACAAGAAAAAUGUAAGUGCAGAAUGUGUAUCUCAACCACGGUUUUCAUCCAAACCGUUUUAAUAAUUGUUUCUAUUUUCUAACACCAUACAUUUUGUAUAGUCAAUCAGUUAUGAUAAUUAUUAUUAUAAAAUUGUAUUUUAUAAGCUUAAUUUAACUAACAUUGUCGACAACAAUUGUAAAUACUUUAAAUUAUUAGUGAACUACUUUCAUUAUAUAGAAGACCUUCCAUCACUAAUUUUGUACUAUCAAUUGUAUUUCUUUCUUUUUUACAUUUUAUUUAUACUUUUUUACACAAAAAAAAAAUAUACAUUAACCUAUUAACGAUGAUAAAACUUUUUUUUUUUCAUAUUGUCAUCUAUAAUUUUUACAUGAUACAGUUAAAGUAAGUUAGUAAUAUCAAGAUUUUUGUUAGAGUGUUAAAUUGUAAACUCAUUAUAUUUUGAUCUUAAAGUGAUAAUUUAAAUUUAAUAUUUAUUUAACAUUUUCAGUGAUUUAUGUCUAAAAAUGUUAACAUGUUUUGUUAUUUUAAACUAUAAUAAUGUCCAAUAUAUAAAUAUAUUAAUGAACGUCUUAGUAUUCAUUUUAAUGUAAAAUAUUAUGCUGUGAAUAAAAAAUUAAGAUUUUAUUUCAGAUGAAAUUAGUAUUUGUUAUAACAUUAUAAUGUUCAUAAAAAAAACCAACUUUUAAUCUAAUCAAACAUUGAACCUACUUUCUUAAAUUGUAAGAAAAUAAUAAAACAUUUGAUUAAUUUCUUAGAAACUGUUCAUUUAUAUUUUAAAUGUAUAAUUAAGCCAUAUUUACCAAUUUUUUAGAAUGUAACAAUAUUAUAUAAUAUUAAACUAUUAUUUUGGUAAAUCAGUCGUCUCACUGACACUGUAAAAUUUUUUUUAAUGCAUAGGACUGGUAUUUGGUCAAAUUACACCAAAAUGUAUUUAAAUACUGCUUAAGUAAUGUGAUAAUAUUUAAGACUACUAUAGAUAAAUAAGAUAAAUUUAUGUAUUUAUAUAUACCAAUACAAUUUAUAAAAAUAAAAACUACUAUAGCUUGACAUAUUUA